CGCUGGGGAGGGGAGAAGCUGCUGCCGCCGCCGUUGCCGGGAGCCGCGGAGACGGGUCAUUGCCUUUCCAUUUCUCACAACUGAGCUGAGCACUGCUGAACCAUGGGGGAACACAGUCCAGACAACAACAUCAUCUACUUUGAGGCGGAGGACGAUGAGCUGACUCCCGACGACAAGAUGCUCAGGUUUGUGGACAAGAACGGACUGGUGCCUUCCUCAUCUGGAACUGUGUACGAUAGGACAACUGUUCUUAUUGAGCAAGACCCUGGCACUUUGGAGGAUGAAGACGACGAUGGGCAGUGUGGAGAACACUUGCCCUAUUUGGUCGGGGGUGUAGAGGGCUUUCACCUAAUAGACCAUGAAGCAAUGUCCCAGGGUUACGUGCAACACAUUAUCUCGCCGGAUCAGAUUCAUUUGACAAUAAACCCUGGUUCCACGCCCAUGCCAAGAAAUAUCGAAGGUGCAACUCUCACUCUGCAGUCGGAAUGCCCGGAAACAAAACGCAAAGAAAUGUUGAUGAUUGAAGGCCUCCCAGCUAAUGACUGUGCUUCUCUUGGCUUUGACGACUUGUGUAGGUGUGAUCAUGAUGGCUGUGGAAAAGCAUUUGCAGCGAGCCACCACCUUAAAACUCACGUCCGUACUCAUACUGGUGAAAGGCCCUUUUUCUGCCCCAGCAAUGGCUGUGAGAAAACGUUCAGCACUCAGUACAGUCUCAAAAGCCACCUGAAAGGUCAUGACAACAAAGGACACUCAUACACCGCACUUCCAAGUCACAAUGGGUCCGAGGAUACAAAUCACUCAAUUUGUUUGAGUGACUUGAGUCUUCUGUCCACAGAUUCUGAAUUACGAGAAAACUCCAAUACAACACAGGGCCAGGACCUCAGCACAAUUUCACCAGCAAUCAUCUUCGAGUCCAUGUUCCAGAAUGCCGAUGACACGGCGAUUCCGGAAGAUCCUCAGCAGACAGCUGCCUUGAUGGAAAGUUUUAAAGGUGAAGCAGAGUCGGUCGGUGAUGUCCUGCCACCCACAGGGAAUUCAGCAUCGUUGUCUCUUCCCCUUGCACUGCAGCCUGGCACCUCCGAGCCAGCCCCACCUCUGCUCCCAGCCUCAGCACUCUCUGCUGCCCCCCCUGCCCCCGCCCUAAGAACUGGUGCCCAGCAAGCUGCAUUCGGCAACCCCCCUGCUCUCCUGCAACCUUCAGAAGUGCCUGUUCCCCACCGCACACAGUUUGUUGCGAAUCAUCAAGAGUUUCUCCCACACGCCCAGGCACCGCAGCCCAUCAUGCCAAGACUUUCCGUCAUUACUGGGGCUUCCACGGCUGCGGCCAUGGCAGCCACAGCCGUGACAGCACCUCCCCCACCACAAAGUACUACUGAGCCCCUGCCAACUGUGGUCCAGACUCUGCCCCUGGGUGCCAACCCUGUCCUAACUAGCAAUCCCACAAUAACCAUCACCCCGACUCCCAGCACGGCCAUUUUGCAGUCCAGCCUAGUGAUGGGAGACCAGAACUUACAGUGGAUAUUGAAUGGUGCCACUAGUUCACCACAAAACCAAGAACAAACUCAGCAAGCACCUAAAGUUGAGAAGGUGUUUUUCACCACUGCAGUACCAGUAGCCAGUAGCAUAGGGAGCUCAGUACAACAGAUUGGCCUGAGUGUUCCCGUGAUCAUCAUCAAACAAGAGGAGGCCUGUCAGUGUCAGUGUGCGUGCCGGGACUCUGCCAAGGAGCGGAUUUCCAGCAGGAGGAAGGGCUGUGCGUCGCCCCCCCUGCCCGAGCCCUGCGCCCAGCCUCUUGAGGUGCCCAGCCUGCAGCUCCCCCCACAGACUUUCCCCGCCCCCCCGGCCUCCCUCCCGUCAUCCUCCACUGUACCCUCUUCCCAUGAACAAAACAGACAAGCAGAGACCGGUUCAGGCCCGCAAACGGAUCCGCUAAGUGCCAUGGAUAUGUCAGAGUUUCUGUCCCUCCAGAGCCUGAGCACCCCGUCCAACCUGAUCCCCAUUGAAGCACUACUGCAGGGGGAGGAGGAGAUGGGUCUGAGCAGCAGCUUCUCCAAGUGAAGGGCCUGGGUGUGCUCACCGGGGCGGGCAGAAGGCGAGCAGGAGGCACGGGUACGCCGCCUGCCAUCGUGGGGUCAGCGAUGUGAAGAAUGAAGAAACCUACCGCUUGAAAUUCAGACGUGUUUUCGUUAUUCACAUCCCAGGAGGAUCCACCUAAGGAACUGAUCUAUGGGGAAACAAAACAAGCUAAGUUAUAAUGAACUCUUUGGCUGCACUGUAUGUCACUUUUGCUUCUUGUCAUGUGAACAUGGAAAUUAAGGUUACCCGUACGCAUAAAAAUUCUAAAUGAAA